UCUGGGGACGUUCCGUUAGAUUUUCAGAGGAGGGGGUUUUGACCAGGAAAAACUUAGAAAGCUAAACGCGAAGACUGAAAACCGAUUACGGUGUCAAAAAAGUUCAUCCCUGCUUCUGUUCUCGCCUCCUCACAUGAAAGGCGUGAAAAGUAGGGACGCGUGUUUCUUCCUUUGUUUUGUGCGUUUUGUUCCUUUUCCAGACUGAAAGGACUUAACACCAUCAGAGGCGAUGAGAUGUGAGUGAGCUAUGCCGUGUGGAAAUGGACAGGUUUUAUCCAAGCGAAAACAUGGCGUCUGCGUCCCGAGGUUUAGCUUCUUUCCCUUUGCGCUUGUGGCGCUCUUCUGUUUGGAGGCAUGGGGCUCCGGGCCGCAGGGGGACGGCGGUGGAAGCUGCAGCCCCUGUCCCGUUAACUGCAGCUGUUUCCUGAAUGUUCCCCAACAGCUCUGUGUCGUCAACUGCUCCAACAUCGGACUGGAAAGGGCCCCGGCGGCGGCUGACUUCCCGUUGUCCAUCGGUGUGCUAAAUCUGUCCAGAAAUCGCAUCACCUCCCUUGAUACCAGCCUGCUAGAACAUUUCACAGGCCUCCAAGAGCUGUACCUUCAAGGAAACAAGAUCAGUGUUCUCCCCAGAGGAGUAUUCUGCCGCGGGUCCCUUUCAGUUCUAGAUCUGAGCGACAACCAAAUCACCACCAUAGAAGAAAGGAUAUGUGACAACCUCAGUAAUUUAUCUCAGAUUGAUCUGAGUAGUAAUCCCUUUCACUGCGAAUGUAAGCUGGUCCGGUUGGUGAGAUGGCUCCAAGAGAAAGGGGUGCAAGUUAGACGCCCUCAUGCCAUGCUCUGCAAGAACCCGUCUGAGCUCCAAAACAAACCUUUGCUCAAUGUCAGCCGGCUCACCUGUGGUCCAAGCUAUGCCGCUUGUCUUGAAGACAACAGCAGUGGAGGAGGAGGACGAAGUGAGCUUGUUAUCUUCACUUACUCCAACCCUGGAAACUUCACACGUGAACAGUGCAACAGCAUGUGUUUCGGUUUAUCGCACCUCUAUGGCGGCUUGGGGGAGAGGCACGAGUGUCUCUGCAGCACAAACAACGAGCCCAAUCUUAUCAGCGAAUCUCAAUGUUCGGCUGCCUGUACAGAACGGCAUGUAAUGACGGAAUGUGGGUGGACUCUGGCUCGCGACGUGUUUGCGGUGGAUUUCUCAGUCUCAGUGAAGCCCCUCCUGCUGCAAAGUGUUCAUGACCGCAUCCUUUUCUCUGCUGCCGCCUCUGUCGCGCCUGUGACGCUUUCUUGGGACUUUGGUGACCUUUCACAACGGGUAAACACUACGGGGACGGGGAUCACCACAGCAGCUCACAAAUAUGGACUUCCAGGACGUUAUGCAGUCAGUUUGAUGGCCUGGGCUGGACACAAGGAGGUCUCAACACGGACGGAGGUGACCGUGGCACUUCCUCCCAAACUGGAGCUGCACUGCCCACCGCUUGCUGUGGCAAAUAAAAGUAUCGAGGUCACACUGGUCAGUUGGGGCGGUGUUGGUUUGGAUGUGGAGUGGAUGAUAACAAAGGAUGGGGUCCAGGUUCCCAAAGCUUCCCCUCACUGUCCGAAUGAUGGAGUGCGCCAUGCUGAGUCCUCCAGCUGUUUCCAGAUUUUUCCAGAGGAGUUGAGCUGGACCAACGCUCGACAACAGUGUUUGAACCGCAGUGGGGAUUUGGCAAUAGUCAGGACUGAUGCACUGCGCAACCUGCUGGCACAGAAAGUCAUACAGGAACGAGGCAUUUGGCUGGGCUUGAGUGAUGUCGACUCUCCAGGCAAACUGCACUGGGUGAAUGGAUCAGAAGCACAGGAUGGAGAGGAAGGCCACUCACCUCACUCAGCAAUAGCUCGUGGAAAUGUGUGUGUGUCAUUUAAUCAGCACGGGCAGACCAGUUCCCACCUGUGUGAUGCUAAACGAGCCUACGUCUGCCAGUUCACUUCCCAAGUCAGUGUUCCAGAUGCUGGGGUAUACAUGGUGGGCAUGGCUGUUUUUCCUUCCCAUAAUCCUUUGUACCAUGCUUCAUCCACUUCAGUUUCUGCUCCUCCCAGCAGUGCCGUGGAGAUGCUGCUGUUUCCUGCUCUGAGCUUCGUUCAGGCAGGCCGUCUCUCCUCCCUAGAGUUUGUCACUCAGGAGCUCAGCUCACAAGUCCACAUCAGAUUCCAGACUUACAGACCCAACUGCCAUAAUCCCAGCCAGCACCUGCUUCUACCCAGUUGUGGAGGUCCAGCGUGUGCUCCGGUUGCUGUUUGCGUACCAAAUGACACAGUUAACAGUGAUCCACCAAACUGCCCCCGUCUCGAGCAGUGGUGUCCCUUCCAGCGCCGGUGCCUGCCCCUGUCUAAUCCUUGCCAGCCAUCCACCUGUCCUAACUGCAGCCAUGCUCACCACCUGCCAACUGGGACAUGGAGGCCCCAAUACAUCCUAAAAGAUGAAGUGGUCUUCACUCUACCAGCAGGACCAGCAUCACACAUACUGAUACAAGACCAACUGGAGGACAUUCUGGUUUCACGUGGCGAUGUAAUCGCUCUGCAGCAUGACGGCAAUCCAUCUUCUCUUCUCCUGUGCCAGUCUUCUCCACAAUCAUUGUGGCGACAACCUGUUUGGACCCGUAAACUAUCAGAGUGGUUCAGUACUAACAACACCAGACAGUCACCAGGUACAUUGACUGACCCCACGCCUGACCCAGAGCAUCACAUGGAGGUGCUGGUGGUUGAUGGCAAGGGAUACUGGCUGGAGGAAGUAGCUUGCCCAAUCAGAGUGCUUUAUGUGGGAAAGAAUAAAACACAGCUGCAGGGAGCCCAGUUGUCUGCUGGUCUACCCGAGCCUGGACUCUACAGCCUGCUGGUGAACUCCGCUGAGCCAUCAUACAAAGCCACAGCAUCCUGCCCCUUGAGGGUGGUGCCUCCUCUGGACUUGACGAUCCUACAUCCUCCUCCGCGCAAUGGUACCCUCUAUCUCCAGCCCAACGACACCAGGCUUCUGCUUUGUGUGCAGUCUCACUACGUAACAAGAGUAUCUCAGCGCGGUAGUAAUCGUAGUGUGACUUUCCAGUCUAAAUGCCCCCCUGGCUUUUCAUCCAAUCCAGCUCUCUGUCAGCCUGGGAUCAUCUCAGGGUCAGGCUCAGAACUUUCAGAGCCCAGUCUGUUUGCAGUGCUGGAUCUGAACCUAGGAGAAGGAGAACAGAAAGGUCCGAUACAGGUGGAGCUGGAGGCUAAUAAUAACGUGACAGAGGCAAGCCUGAUGGUUGUCAUUCACCUGGAAACGCCACUCAGAGGACUGGUGGUGCAGCCCCACCCUGCACACAGGGUGCUGAUGGAGUCAGUCGUGAGCUACACUGCGUCAGUGCUGGAAGGGUCCAAUCCCACAUUUAAAUGGACAGUCGAUGACAAGCCCAACUUCACUUACUACAACUCGGUCCUCAAUGUCAUCUACCAGCACGCUGCCACCUAUAAGCUCACAGUAACAGCUAUCAACCACAUCAGCACUCUCACGGAGCACUUCAAUGUAAUCGUGGACCGACUGCAGCCCAUGGCCGAUCUCACAGUAAACGGCGUGCCAGAUGUGGUUCCUCAGGGCUCCAAUCAGACUCUCACCACCUCUGUGAUGGUGGACAUUUCAGUGGCAGCCACCUUUCGAUGGUCUUUCGGUGACGGUGGAUAUGACGAGUUUGAAUUCAAGCCUCCUUAUUCUCCAUCCCACCUACGUCCAGAUUCCCCUAAUCAAAUUCUCUUGAGCAAAAACAUCACCUAUGUCUACUCUCAGCCAGGAAUAUACACAGCACUGGUGUCAGUGUCCAACUGUUAUGAGAACAUCAGUCAGAGCAUCAACAUGAGUGUUUACAGCAUCCUCACCCGUGUAAACAUUCAAACAGAUCCACAACUUCUCAUUGGUAAAUCAGCCGUUUUCGAGGCCCAUCCUCUGCCCUCACCUUAUGGCAUUCACUAUGAGUGGCACUUUGGAGACGGUUCUGCCCUCCAACACGGUCGGCGUGUGCAACACACCUUUUCGCAAAGUGGCCCCUUCAAUGUGUGUGUAUCAGUAAACAACACCAUCAGUUACAUGGAGGCUUGUGCUGAGAUGUUUGUGUAUGAGGAGAUUGAAGGUCUAACAGGUCAAAGCUCCUCUCCCACUGAGCUUCACAGCCUUACUACAGUCAGCGCUCAUGUUGCUGCUGGAAAUAACAUUACAUGGAUGUUCUCAAUGGGUGAUGGCGAAAUCUAUGUUGGUUCUGAACCUGAUGUGUCACACAAAUACAUUGAAGAAGGGAACUACACUGUAAAUGUGACGGCCAUGAAUGCUGUGAGCUCUGGCUAUAUGAUCCUUCCUGUUCACGUCUUUGUCUUCCAAGUUAAAAGAAUGGAGCCAUCUGGAUGUGUUCAGGAGCAGUCCACCAUCAACUUUCAAGCCUGGGUGUCUGGUAAUGCAUCUGUUCAUUUGUAUGAGUGGAACUUUGGGGAUGAGACCCCCAACAAGCUACAAUAUGGCAAUCCUAGAAUAUCGCAUAUUUACCAGAAAAGUGGGAACUACCGCCUCUCCCUGCUGCUUUCCAGUGGAAUUAACAAGGCCACCAAGGCCAAUUUCUUCAACUGGGUGUGUGUUCAGCCAGCGUUGACCAACAUAAGCUUCACCCCUGAGAAAUCACACUACGCUGUUGGGGAAGAAAUACAGUUCCAAGUCAUAGCUGAGCCUGAAUUUAACUAUAGCUAUCAAUGGGACUUUGGUAGGGAGGAAGACCUUGUGCUUGUCCAUGGUUCUAGGAAUAUUGUUACAACUUAUAAAAAACCAGGUCACUACAAAGUGACAGUACAUGUUUUCAAUAACAUCUCUUCCAGUAACAGUAGUGCUGUAAUUGAGGUUUUGAUACCCAUUGGACCAAUUGUUAUUCAACAUAAUGGCACGAAGUACAAUAACCUAACACUGGGAGCUCCAUACUCUUUCAUGACUUCUUCCUUUGCCUCGGAUGUUACUUACACCUGGAAUUUUGGAGAUGGAAAUGUGUUCAAAGGUCAGAAUAUCCUCCAUACCUACAACAUCUCUGGGAACUACAAUAUAACACUGAAAGCAACCAACACAGUUAGCCACAAUGACACCGUUUUACCUGUUUCUGUGCUGUCACCAAUCCGUGGGUUGACAGUCAACGCCAGCUUGAUAAAUGUGCCUUUAAAUGCUUCAGUCCACUUUGAGGCCCACAUGGAGGAGGGAGAUGAUGUCCGGUACUCUUGGAUUCUGUGUGAUAGCUGCACCUCAAUACCAGGAAUCUUCACCAAGUCCUACACGUUCCGCUCUGUUGGCACUUUCAACAUAAUUGUGAUAGCAGAGAAUGAUGUAGGAACAGCACAGGCGAGCAUCUUCUUGUUUGUCCAACGUGAGUUGGAGGGUCUGCAGAUUUUAGCAGAGGAGAUGGACAGUUGUUGCUAUGCCACAGACCGUGUCCUACGCCUUCAUGCAGAAUUAAAGGAGGGCACCAACAUGACCUUUACUUGGAACAUCAUCAGAGAGCUGGAUCCUACUAGUUCUUUCAACAUAAGUGGGAAGACUGUGGAGCUAAAUUUCUCUAAGCCUGGUCCCUGUGACAUCUUUCUGUGGGCAGCAAAUCUUCUCGGACAGCUGUCCGUUAAUAGAACCAUUCGCUUCCUCGAACCAGCUGAAGGUGUGUACCUGCAGAUCAGCAGCAACCCAGUUGCUGUCGGUGCUCCAACAAACCUGACUGUUCUGACUAUAAAAGGCUCAGAUCUGCAGUAUCAGUGGUCUGUGGAUGGAAACAAUCUGCAGUAUAAUGAGCCCUGGCUGAUGCACAAUUUCAGCCGUCCAGGCCAAAAACACGUUACUGUAGAGGUCUUCAAUGACGUUAGCUCAGAGGUUGUGUCAGAGAUAGUCACUGUACAGGAAGUCAUUUCUGGGCUUAAUUUCUCAGCUACUAAUGUGACCAUGGAAAAUUAUGUAGCAACAGGUGUCAGUGUGUCUCUGGAGGGGGAGGUGCAAACAGGAACGAACGUGACAUGGACAUGGCAAUGGAAAGGAAAAACUCAAACAGGAAGGCAAACUUCUUUGAUUUUCCAGCAGCCAAGUACAACUGUCAUUACUUUGAAUGCCACCAAUGAUGUCAGCGGACAAGUGGUUUCCAGAGAGUUCUUUGUUCAGGACAGCAUUCAAAAGUUGGAGCUGAAGGCAAGUAAGAAGCUUGCAGCAGUCAAUGAAGAGGUGAAGUUCACCAUUUCCAUGGCCGCAGGUACAGACGUUCAACUGGCCCUCAGCAUCAGCGGCAACACCACCAAUCUCCAGGGCCUUAACCAGACCUUCACCUACGUCUUCACAAGCGUGAAAACACACAUGGUGAAUCUCACUGCUCUCAAUAAGGUGAGUAACUGUAAGAGGAAUGUCCAGGUGGAAGUGAUGGAGCCGGUGCGUGGACUUUCCAUUCAGGGAAUCGGAGCAGCGAUCCCUGUGGGUAUGAAGAAGGUGUUUGUAGCCAGCAUCCUGAUGGGCAAACCUGUUAGUUUCAUUUGGACUUUUGAGCUGAAGUCCCGCAAGGAUACAUCUAUUGGCAAAGAGGUGCCUUACACCCCAGAAGUUCCAGGCAUGUUGAAGAUCCAUCUGAAGGCUUUAAACAGCCUGCAUGAUCAGGUGAUCAACGGCCAGAUUGAGGUGCAGAACGUGCUGAAGUUUGCCAAACUGUACGCGGUGCCACAGGACACUUUCGUCUACAAGACGGUGACCCUGAAUGCCUCCAUCACGCCCAUAUCUACUCCUGUCACUUGCCUGUGGGACUUUGGUGAUGUCUCUACUCCAGUUCACACCAACACCUCAACUGUGGAUUAUAAAUAUAGAGUCCCAGGACAUUACCGGGUCCACGUAAACUGCAGUAACCUGGUGAGCUGGGUGUCGGCCCAGGUGGAGGUAAACAUCAGUGUUUUAGAGUGUGAGGAGCCAGAAGUGCAGGUAGCUCAGACCCGCCUAGCCAUCUGGCGCUCCCAGUCUGUAACGGUGGAGGCUAGCGUGGACUUGAAAGACUGCAUACGCUACAGACAUCAGUACCUCUGGGAGAUAGUUUCAGGUUCCUCGUGUGAUGAUGAAAUGAUAAAGGACAACGCUUCACCUUCUCGAUCAGAGACCCGGUCUUCUCAGUUUUCCCCUGGCCUGCCGAUGGAGGUGGACACACAACAGCUGAAGCUGUCGUUACCAAAGAUGACUCUGGCGGCUGGGAACUAUAGCUUGGUAUUUUCUCUGUCAUAUGAAGGCGUGCCACUCAGGAAAGCUGCCUGUUUGCAACUCAGCGUCAUGGCUGACAAACUGAGGCCCAUCAUUGAAGGAGGAACCUACAGGGUGUGGUCCAGGAUGCAGGACCUGCAGCUCAGUGCAGAGCAGUCUUACGACCCCAACAUGGACCCAGAGAGCCAGUCUCUACUUCACUACCACUGGGAGUGUCAAAGUACUUCAAAGGGCCCGAAGCACUGCUCCAGUCUGAACUUCGGUCUUGGCUCCAAUGGUCCAGUGCUGGGAAUCUCAGGCUCUGAGCUGGAGGAAAAAGUGGAGUACACAUUUAAACUGACCAUCAGCAAAGACGGCAUGACUCCAGAGUCCACCACACAGACCGUGCUCGUGCAGAGCGGCCACAUUCCCAUGGUGUAUCUGGAGUGUGUGUCAUGUAAGGCCCAGGCCAUUUAUGAGAUCAACCAGAACUCGUAUGUCUACCUCAGAGGAAACUGCACCAACUGCCAGGGAAAUUACCAAGGGCGCUGGAGCGCCAUGACGGUGCACAACGAGACUCUGGUCCUGGACUCUUCCUCCACCACCACAAGAAGUAAUGACAUGAAUCUGGUGCUGCGGCAGGGUGUCCUGAGAGACGGGGCCUCUUACAUCUUCACCCUGCAUGUUACUGACGGGAGUUUGGAUGGUGAGGGCGCCGCUUCCAUCAGGCUGCGCCACAACAUGCCCCCAGAAGGAGGGGAGUGUCACCUGAGAGGGGGAGGGGAAGCGGGAAUGUUGUACGGGGAUGGAGACACUGAUGGCUGGAGGAUACACACUUUGCUGGACCGGGUUCACUUUAACUGUUCAGGUUACAGUGAUCUGGGGGUCUCAGAAACUCCUUUUCUGUACAGCCUGCUUGUGACACGGUGCAGAGAAGACUACUGUGAGGACUUCUGCGUUUACAAAGGCAGCAGUUCAGAGCACUCAGCCUUCCUGCCACCAGGCUUCAGCUCGGCUCGACACCGCGUCGCCGUGUCCAUCACAGUGGAAGAUCACCAGGGAGCUGCGAACAUUGCACUUAAUAAGACCAUUGAAGUUGGGUUGCCAGAUCUACCCCCUGAGUACAACAGUCUUCCCCACUGGCUGUCCGAGCUGACAGACAGCAAACUCAAAAAGCUGCUGGAGCAAGGAGACUCCCAAAGGGUCCGAGAGUUAUCGCUGGCUCUCAUUACAGUCCUAAAUGAGUAUGAGCAAACCAGGGAGUCUUCACGGGUGUCCCGAAAUGAGAGAAAUUACAGAGUCCGAGUACGCAGCAAUAUCACCAGAGCUCUGACUGCUCUGGACCUGACCACCGUUAGCGACAUCCAGCAGACGUCCGCUGCCCUGGCACAGUGCACGGCGGUAAGUCGUGAGUUCAUCUGCGAGGAGUGUCAGAACAGCACUUUAAACAAGCUGGAGUCAAUGCUGGAGAUUCUGCAGACAGACACCAAGCAGGGCAUUGUCACCCCUACGGAAAUAGGUGACAACAUCCUCAACAUCAUGGGUGAUCUGAUCCAUCAGGUUAGCCAGUCAGCCUCCCACUCUAACUUCCAGCCUCCAUAUGUGGAUUCUCCUUCACCCUCCUCCACCUCAUCUUCCUCUUUUUCUUCUGAUGAAUACCCUGGAAACAACGCGCUGGACAUUUCUCCCUCUUCACUGGAGCCACACCCACUGCGUGUGGCAGCCAAGGCCUUCAGCCUCUCCUCCGUCCUUAUGCUGAUCCUCAUGCACGCCCGCGUGCUCAACGAGGAACCGCUCGUUCUCAGGGGGGCUGAGAUUGCUGCCACUGGAAAACUGGCAGACCCUCAGAGUCUGCACUGCUACCAUGGCAACAACAGUCCAGAGUGCCAGUGGUUCUCUAUCCCCGGAGCUUUCAACAUAAGCCUUGGCAAAGCUGCUGCAGGAAACAGCAUCUUGCAGCUGCUUUUUCAGGUGGUGUCCAACCCCUUCCCCUUCAAUUUUGUGUCCAACUAUGCCGUCUCCACAGAGGUGGCGUCCAUGGAGUUCCGCACUGCAAACGGCACCCAGAUCCCAAUCUCUGGACUUGAUGAUAGUCUGGCCAUCACAGUUGCUGUUAAUAAUGGCAGCAGCGUUGAAGUAAAUGCUGAGGGUCCCGUUACAGGUGGAGUGCCCACAGCCGGAGCCUUUAACAUCAGCCGCUGUGACUCUGUCAUCGUCCAGGUCAGCACAGGAAACGUCAACAGACAGGCAGGACUGUUUGUGCAGCUCAACUUCACCUCUGUGGAAGACCCAAGAGAAAUGGAUAAAAGGGUAAAUGUCAAGGAGGAACCCUACAUAAACGCCUACCUCCAUUCCCAUGACCGACCCAACGAGUUCAACUGCACAGACAGAAAGCGUAUCACGCUCAGCAUGACCAGGGGGCCAGACCACAAGAAUUAUACGUUCUUCUUGUCACCAGAAUCCUACGACACCACUCUGGACUAUUUCAUCAAUGUGAGCACGCCCUGCAGCCCCGACACUGUGGGUGUUCGCCUGGAGGUGGGGGUGUUUGCCUCGCUGUGUCAGUACUUCAGCGAGAGUGCUAAGCAGUGGAAGACAGAUGGUAUGGUGCCUCUGGCAGAGACCAAUUCCAGCAGAGCAGUUUGCCGAACCACGCACCUCACGGCCUUCGGUGCAAGCCUAUUUGUACCAUCCAACGCCAUCAGCUUUAAAAUGCCAGAGCGUUCAGGUCCACCAAGUCUGGUUGUUCUGCUGAUGUGCUUAUUGGGCUUAUUAAGUUAUGUUGUGGCAGCAGCCAUCUUGCACAAGUUGGACCAGCUGGAUCUGCGUCGAGCUGGUGUGGUUCCACUCUGCGGCCGAGAUGGACUCUUCAAGUACGAGAUUCAGGUCAAAACAGGCUGGGGCCGAGGGGCAGGCACAACAGCUCAUGUAGGAAUCAGUUUGUACGGACGGGAGAGCCGCAGUGGACACCGCCAUCUUGACAGCAAAGGAGCUUUCACACGCAAUGCUCUGGACAUCUUUCAUAUUGCCACGGAUACUGGCCUGGGUAGUGUGUGGAAAAUACGGGUUUGGCAUGACAACAAAGGUCUGUCUCCAGCGUGGAUGUUACAGUAUGUUCUGGUCAAAGACCUGCAGACAGGAAGCAGCUACUACUUCCUGGUUGAGGAGUGGCUGUCUGUCGAUAAUGAGAGAACUGAUGGACGGGUGGAGAUUGAGGUGGAGGCCUCAGAAGAGGCUGUGCUUCGCCAGCUUCCUCGCCUCCUGCUGUGUGAGCUGCAGAGGGCGCUGUGUGAGAGCCACCUGUGGGUGUCACUGUGGGAGAGGCCCCCCCGGAGCCCCUUCACCCGCCUGCAGAGAGCCACAUGCUGUGCUGUGUUACUGCAGCUUUUCCUGUUGGCCAACACUCUGUGGUACAGCAUCGUGGUGGACAAGAGAUCCAGCCCAAGGGCCGUGUCGAGCCUUUCCUCAUUAGAUGGAGAGACAGUAGCAGCAGGUGUGGUGACCUGCCUGAUCGUCUACCCGCUUUACUUGUUUGUCUUCACAAUAUUCAGAAUGAGUCGCAGUAAGUGUGUGACUGUGGAGCAGGUGCCACCCCAAGUGGAUCAGGAGUCAGUAGAGAUUGAUGACUUCCUUGAUAACUCCAUGGCAGGAAGUUCCUUCCUAUUCUUUAAUGCAGAGAGCAACUCAGAGGAAACUAAUGUGGAUUUACCCACUCCAUCAAUCAAAAGUGAGGACAGCUGGGACAUGGCGGAGGAGGAGACAGAGGACAGGGAUUGGCCGGAGCUGCUGAGCGACGUGUCUGUGGUGGGAGGUGCAGGACAUGGAGCGGGGAUGCCCAGGCUGAAGAGGGGUCAGGGCAGCAGGCACCUGGGUGUGGACAUGGCCUUCAACCCUGAUGAGGAGGAGCGCAACAAAUACUUCACCUCAUCUGAUGAGGAUCUUAUCAAGCACAUACUGGCAGAUGGACAGAACUUCUUUCCUCAGGCAGAUGAAAGUGAAAUGGCCGACCUGUCAAGUAUUUUUGGAGAUAAGACAGAAGUGAUUCUCCUUCAAAAGCUGAGCGAACCUCUUCCUCUAGAAUCUUUUAGAAGGGACCCACCAAAAACAGCUUUUACCUCAAAUACAGUUGUGACAGACGUGUGCCGUCCCAGACGGUUCCCUCCUUGGUGUGGACGAGCCGCCCUGUGGGGCAGCUGGGUGGGGAUCGCUCUAGCCAACAGUGUUUCGAUUUGGGCGGGUCAUGGGUUCAGUCAGAGAGUGGCUAUGAUGUGGUUAAUCUCCUGCUUUGCCAGUUUCUUGUUCUCCUGCUUGCUGCUGGAGCCAAUUAAGGUGCUGUGUGAGGCUGUUUACUAUGCUCUGUGUGUGCGACGACUGCGUCCAGAAGACCAAGACGUGCUGGUAGAGUUCCCUCGGGUGGAGCGAGUGGUCCAGCGGGUCACCAGGGUGAGACCACCACAAGGCUUCGCUCUGUCCCAGGCCCGGAACCAGGCCCGCAAGGUCCACAUGCUGCACACCAUGCUAAAGAAUUUCCUGCUUUAUAUGUUUUUCUUGUUGGUCGUUUUGCUCCUCAACUACUCUGACUCGGCUAAAGACACACACAGCUUGAGGCUGCGGACUCGGCUGCAGCAAACGCUACACACACCAGAGUAUCACACUAUCAGCAGCCGGGAUGAUGUUCUGACAUGGCUGAAUGAGUCAUUGUUGCCACGGUUACUUGAUGAGCCUUCACUCUUAAGAGACACAGGAAGCGUGUUGCUGGGCACAAUGAGGCUCCGACAAAUCCGUGACACACAGGUUAUAGGUGGUUUCAAUCCAGGAGACAGAUCUUCCGUUUGGUUAAAGGACUGGUUUACAUCCCUGACUAAAGACAAUGCGAAUGGAACAGCUUUUGGAGCUAUUGAUGCAGAUUGGGUGCGGCGUUUGGGUCAGAUGGAGGAGUAUAACAGCAGGAAUGUGGUUCACCAGUUGAACAGAAGCCUGGAGGAAGCCUCCUCAUCCUUACAGCAGCUGCAGCAGCUGCACUGGCUCAACCACAGGACUCGUGCCGUGUUUGUGGAGUUCUCCCUCUACAACAUCAACACAAAUCUCCUGGCUGUCUUCUCCUUCUUGUUUGAGUUCCCAGUCUCUGAGCGGGCCCAGUCCAGCCUUGAACUCAUCGUCCUCACUUUGAAGCCAAUUACAGAACUGGACCUACAGCUGCUUCUUAUGAUUGUCCUUCUGGCCCUGGUGUUGUACUUCCUGGUGCGGGGGACCCUGGGUGUCCUCAGAGAGGGCUACAAGUACCUGCUGUCAGCAUGGAGACUGCUAGGCAUCUGUAAGUUGUCUCUGGCAGCAUCUGUUUUUGGGCUACAUUUGAGCCGCUGCAUCAUGGCCAAGCAGCAGUGGGCGAGUUUCCUGAAGCACCCACAAGACGCCUUCACGGACUUCCACCCGCUGGCCAGACAGAGUCAGCUCUACACCGUCAUGUCUGCCUUGCUGUUGUUCAUACUGGUGCUGAAGGCGUCCCACCAGUUGCGGUUUCUUCGAGAGUGGGCGGUGUUUGGCAGAGCCUUGCGGCGAUCGGUCUGGGAGCUGCUGGGAGUUUCUUUGGCACUUCUACUGUUGAUGCUGGCUUACUCACACACAGGACACCUGCUCUUUAACUCAGUCCUGGAUGGCUACGGCAGUGUGAUCUCCACCUGUCUGCAUUUGCUGGGUGCCGAUGGGCGAGGCUUGUUAUCUUGGCGUCCUGCUUUGACAAUGACCGGUCCCUCCAACACCGUGUCCUCGCUGGUGUUUCACGUGAGCUUCGCCGUGUUCCGGCUGAUGUUGCUGUGGCUAGUCAUCUCUGUGUUACUAAGGAACUACCGGCGUGCUCGAGCAGAGCUGUACCGCCCUGCUGUGGAUCUCCAAGACUAUGAGAUGGUCGAGCUGUUCCUCAGAAGACUCAAAAUGUGGAUGGGACUCAGUCGGGCCAAGGAGUUUCGUCACAAAGUGCGUUUCGAAGGUAUGGAGUUGCCUCCAUCUCGCUCAUCCUCCACCAGCGACUGUAAGUCCCUGUGCUUGCCCCCAUUGGACAGUCCAGACUCUCCACCCACCCCAGACAGCGUUGAUGCCGGUUCUGAGGCAUCAUGGCACCCAACUUCCUCCAGCCCCUGCAGCCUGACAGAAGCUCCAGGGAUUGGCCUGGGACUAGGGUUGGGUCUUGGGCUGGGGCUGGGCCCAGGAGUGCUGGUUGGAGGUACCAGCUGGAGGGAGAGAGCAGAGACAGAAGCCUCUCUGAGGAGACUCCUCCCAACCCUAGACGCCCUGCUGCAGCAGCUUGACCGUGUCACCAUGGCAACAGAGGAUGUAUACCACAUUGAGUGUAAACUGGAGCGAGCCCAGAGGAAAAAGAGGCAUAAAGGGAGAGAAAAAGGGGAUGAUGGUCACGGAGGGAAGAGUGAGGUUAGACAGAGAGGGAAGGUGGAGGAAAAGAGAGAACGAAAGACUGGAAAAGAAAAGUAUAGAGGAAGCAAAAAGGAGAAAAAGACAGAAAAAAAGGAACUUCCAAAAGAAUGUGGGAGCACUAAUCCCAAAAAGACUCCUGUAGCUACACCUGUUCCUUUUAUGAAGCCCCGACCUGCCUCUGCACAUCCCCCCACCCAUCAGUCAUCAGCCAAACCUUCAGUCAGUGCACCUACACCCACACCAGUUAAAGACAAAUCUGCCACUGACCCUUCCCUUCUCUUCAUGUCAUCAGCAAACACUCCUCUUUCUCAUAUUCUCAAAACACCUACUGCACCUAUGUGCAGUCAUGCUCCUACCCCUUCCUUGCCAUCAACCCCUGGCCCUACACCCAUUACUCGAGACUGGGAUCCUCCCACUGACAAAGAGACCCUCCCUUCCUCGAGUUUGUUCAACCACCCAGCUCAUACUAUCACAAUCCCUACACGAAAGAGGAAGCGGAAACCCCCACCCCUUAAAAACAAGGUGCAUCCAACUUAGAGCAGGUCAGGGCUUCUUAAACCCAGAAGGACAAACAGAAGUGAAAAGUGGAGCAAAAUAAUGUGGGCAUUAAAUGUCAGGGUUAAGGACAAGAGGGGGACAUGGACAGCUGGUUUUGUCCCCAGAUGCCCCUCUUUAAACCCAGGAGAUGAAAAUAGUGGAUCAGAAAGUGGAACUGUAAGGUGCAAAAAAAAGAAGAAUCAAGUUGAGGGAUGUAAUGAGGGCUAAUUGUAGAGCAGUAAGAGAAAGCUUUAAUAAGCAGUCAUGCAUCCAAAUUUAUACUUAGAAAAACAGGGUGCAGGUCACCAGAUGAUAAAGUUAAAGCAACAGCUCAACAAAGAAAUAUUACUCGGGCCCAAAAAACUGAACCCUGUUGCCUCGUGACCCUGGAGGUCACUUGGCUUUGCUGACAAGAGCACAGAUGCGUGCUCACGAGAGGACUCUGAAAUGAGAGCAGACUGCCAUCAGUCAUUUUGUAUAUCUCUGGAUAAAAAGAAAGAAGAAAGGUGUGGAUACAUAUUGUUAUAUUUCAUAUUUUGGUCACUAUGGGUACUCUUAGCCUGUCCUAGUAAUGUUUUAUGAACCCAAAGUUGCCCGCAGGCACACACAGAUAUACGCACAUGCAGGGAUACACUUAUAGAACACUGUAGGUACAUAUCAGAGAAUGGAAACGUGUUGUACACUUCAGCCUGGUGAGGUACGAGAAAACACACACACACACAAACUCAUGAUGCUGUUGGGAUUCCAGCAGCCAGCUCUUCAGGGUGCAGAUAAAAAAAAGUCUUUUCCACAUUUGUGUGGACAGAUAAAAAGGAGACAAAGAUCUAGAAGGACAAGGCAGAGCAGUGAAAAUGAGGUGUAGUAAGUACUAACAAGAAUAAAGGGACUGAACCAUGCGGAGUCUUUACACAAGCUCUUCCUUUAUCAAGCUAUAGUAACUCUUUGUCUCUCCUAAAUAUUUUCAUUGGUUUUUUUUCCACAAUGGAGGCCAUUAAAAAGCACUUUUGUUUUGUUGUAGAUUGUUUUUGUUUUUUAAUGAAGUGUAAAGUAAUAAGCUUGGUACGCAGACCAAAAUAAAAAAAGAAAGCUUCACUCAACACUUUUAUCUUAACCUUAAAUGCUGCCAAAGCUUUUGCAUCAUUUAUGCAUCUUGAGUUUUACCAUGCCAAGUAAUUCAUUCAUUUUGUACUUGCACUUUAUUUCCUAAUGGAGCUGAUAACAAACAUUAUAUUUAACUUUUGUGUGUCAAGUUUUAACCAUUAGCUACAUUAAAGAAGCAUUCCUGUAAGUAUUACCACAGUAUUGUUGAAGCAGUAGCUAGCGGUUGUGCUUGUUUUGUAACGUCGUCCUGUUGUCCAGUGGUCAAAUCUCAGGGAACCCACCUUCUCCUUAUAAACAUGGACAGAAAUCCAGGAAAUCCAGGAAAACCAAAACUGGGUGAGAUAUGAAUAUUUCCAGUUAACUGAAUGAAAUUGACACAGUGAUGUUUGGUAGUUAAGAUACUAAAUAAAGACAUUUUUAAAGAGGAUGUUAUCAUUUUAAAGCAUGCAUACAACCCAAAAUUUGAUUUGUUUCAUUCUACCCUAUAACUCCCCGAUUUUCCUAUCUUCUUUGUCUCAUGUGUACAUUUCUGUAUAUAUUUGCUCCAUAUGAUGUAUAUAUUUUUGCUUCUUCUGGAUUAAUUGUGCUCAGUGACAUAUAUGUAGGUCAAGCACUGGUGUUGCAAACUCCAAAGUUUUACAUUUCUCUGGUCUAAUGGAAGCACAACAGCCAAAGACUUUAAUGCAUUUAAUGUUUGACAACAUAUAUGCUAAGAUAACAGAAAGUUGUCCAGAUAGUCCUCCUAGAAGCCUCAUAUUUCUGCUCUUUGUGUACGAUGUAUAACAGCGUAGUGCCAAAGCUAAUGUUCGCCUCUACGUCUUCUGUUUUUGUUUUACAUCAGUCCUUGAAAAAGUUUGUUUACGCUUUUUUUGUAUCUCCUCUGUAUUCUGCAGUUGUAGCACUUGUCAUGCUUUUGCACUUGACAAUGUCAAAUAAAGGAUUUGACAGCUGA